GCCAGGGAUACCUACCUUCUGAGUUUGAUGAGGAAGGCUGGGGGGUAGGGUCUCAGACCUCCUCACCUGUUUGUGCCCUGAUUUUUUUCAUUCUACAGUUUCUGAACCCUCAGCAUGCACCACAAAGCUCUUUUCCCCAUUAGUCAUCAGCUGGCCUGAACCCUUCAUUCUCUGGCCAGUCCCAAUCAGGGCACCUCCUUCUCCUCCCCCAUCCUCUUCAACUCCUAGUUCCUUGAAGCUACCUAUGAAUGCCUGAAUCUCCUAAGCCUCUUCUCUUGUUGAAGGGAGGGUGAUGAGAUAUGAUGCUUCACAAGUUAAUCUGGUGUUACAGAGGCAGAUGGAACAGGGAUGUUAGUGUCUCCAGUUUCACCCUGCCCCUUCCUGGUCUGCUCCCUUCCCUGUAGAUGGAGUGCCUGAAACUGAUCGCCUCCCCCAGAUUCACAGACAAGAGGGUGGGCUACCUGGGGGCCAUGCUUCUAUUGGAUGAGAGGCAGGAUGCCCACCUGCUCAUUACCAACAGCAUCAAGAAGUGAGAGGGUUCUGGGAAUAACAUGGAUCAGGGAGAUGGGAGAGUUGGGAAGUCCCAGGGGGCUGCCUGCUCUAGGCACUGGGAAGGACUGGUUUUCUCAAAGGCUCAACUGACUGUCCUCCCAACCCUGCAGUGACCUGAGCCAGGGUAUUCAACCAGUACAAGGCCUGGCCCUGUGUACUCUGAGUACCAUGGGCUCUGCUGAGAUGUGUCAGGACCUGGCCACGGAGGUGGAAAAACUGCUUCUGCAGCCCAGCCCCUACGUGCGCAAGAAGUGCACAUAAUCCGGAAGGUUCCUGAGCUCUCCAACAUCUUCCUCCCAUCGUGUGCCCAGCUGCUUCAUGAGCGCCACCACGGUGGUACCCCAGUUGGUGAAGAUCCUCCGGACUCUGGUGACAACAGGAUACUCCACAGAACACAGCAUAUCUGGAGUCAGCGACCCCUUCCUACAGGUCCAGAUACUUCGUCUGCUUCGGAUUUUGGGCCGGAACCACGAGGAGAGCAGUGAAGCCAUGAAUGACUUGCUGGCUCAGGUGGCCACUAACACAGACACCAGCCGAAACGCGGGCAAUGCGGUCCUGUUUGAGACAGUGCUCACUAUCAUGGACAUCCACUCUGCAGCUGGCCUACGGGUUCUAGCUGUCAACAUUCUUGGUCGCUUCCUGCUCAACAGUGACAAAAAUAUUAGGUAUGUAGCCCUGAUGUCAUUGCUGCGGCUGGUGCAGUCUGAUCACAGCGCUGUGCAGCGGCAUCGGCCCACUGUGGUGGAUUGUCUAAAGGAAACUGAUGCCUCCCUUAGCCGGAGGGCCCUGGAACUAAGCCUGGCUCUGGUGAAUAGCUCCAAUGUGAGAGCCAUGACACGGGAGCUGCAGGCAUUUCUGGAGUCCUGCCCCAUUGAUCUACGGGCUGAUUGUGCCUCAGGCAUCCUGCUGGCUGCAGAGAGGUUUGCUCCAACCAAACGGUGGCACAUGGAUACCAUCCUGCACGUACUGAUAACGGCAGGCACCUAUGUGCGGGAUGAUGCAGUGGCCAACCUGACCCAGCUGAUUGCGGGAGCUCAGGAGCUACACGCCUAUUCUGUGCGCCGCCUCUACAGUGCUCUGGCAGAGGACAUCUCCCAGCAACCGCUGGUACAGGUGGCAGCCUGGUGCAUCGGGGAGUACGGGGACCUUCUGCUGGAGGGAAACUGUGAGGAAACUGAGCCCCUUCAGGUGGAAGAAGAGGAGGUGUUAGCACUGCUAGAAAAGGUACUGCAGUCCCACAUGUCCCUGCCAGCCACCAGAGGAUAUGCCCUCACAGCCCUCAUGAAGCUGAGCACUCGGCUCCGUGGCAACAACAAGCGUAUCCGCCAGGUGGUGUCCAUCUACGGGAGCUGCCUGGACGUGGAGCUGCAGCAGCGGGCUGUGGAGUAUAACACACUCUUCCGGAAGUAUGACCACAUGAGGGCUGCCAUCCUUGAAAAAAUGCCUCUUGUGGAACGAGGUGGCCCUCAGGUUGGUGAGGAAGCAAAGGAAAGCAAAGAAGCAGCCAAGCUUUCAGAAGCAGCCCCUGUGCCCACAGAGCCCCAGGCCUCCAAGCUCCUAGAUCUGCUAGAUCUCUUGGAUGGCCCUUCUGAGGAUGCCCAACAUCCUCUGCCUCUGGAUCCCUCCCCAGGAGGUGCCUUAGUACAACUCCUUGACCUUCCCUGUGCACCUCCAGCCCCUGCUCCUAUCCCGACUCUCAAAGUAUUUGAGCGUGAGGGAGUACAGCUGAAUCUGUCUUUCAUUCGACCUCCUGGAACCCCUGCUUUGCUCUUAAUCACGGUUACCGUCACCAACUCUUCAGGGGGUGAUGUCACCCACUUCAUCUGCCAGGCUGCAGUGCCCAAGAGUUUCCAGCUGCAGCUACAGGCCCCCAGUGGGGACACAGUUCCAGCUUGGGGAGGCCUUCCCAUCACCCAGCUCUUCAGAAUCCUCAAUCCUAACAAGGCCCCCUUGCGGCUAAAGCUGCGCCUCACCUACAACCACUUUGGCCAGCCCGUGCAGGAAAUCUUCGAGGUGAACAACGUGCCUGUGGAAACAUGGCAGUAACUGUCUCCAUUCACAGCCUAAAAUCCUCCUGUAUUCCAAAGCCCAAGGGAUCCUAGCCACUUGGAACGUACACCUGAGGGCUACCAGCAGGUGGCGCUCUGGUCCUGCAUUUGCUGCUGCAAAACUGUGGGAGCCUGCCCCCCUCUCCCACAAAUAAUGAAAGUCCAAUAAAGCCUGAGGGGGAAUGAAAGCCA